AAUUUACGUUUUGGAUGUCAGUGAAUACCCGUGCGAUCUUUCCCCCAGUGAUCGCUUCAAUUGUCUGCUCGUUUCUAGAGAAUUGAAUUCGGAAAGGAAGAAGUAAUUUCAAGGAGAGAGAGAGUCCAAAACGUCAUUAAAAAAUCGAGUUCGAUUCUGAAUUUAUGCGACGGUUCCGAGAUUAUUUCAAUUUUUCAAUUUACGUUUUGGAUGUCACUGAAUACCAACGGUACGAUCUUUUCAAUUGAGUGUUCGUUUCUAGGGAACUGAAAAAAUGAAAUAAUUACAAGGAGAGAGGCUCCAAAACGCCAUUAAAAAAUCGAGUUCGAUUCUGAAUUUAUACGACGGCUCCGAGAUUCACGAUCAUGAACGAACGCAAAUCGAGAUUUCGCAGUCUCCGAAGCACUUUAGACGUCGAUGCAUAAGAUCACGACCAAACGUGGUUUCGAAACCGACAGAUCCCCGAACCAUCUGCCGAGAGAAACCCUCUCCAAAGUGGGACCCAUUGCGGAACCUCAGACCAUGGAAACCGAACUGACAUGCGCCGUCUGCUCCGACAUAUACCUCGAAGGGAGGCGAGAACCGGUCACCCUGCCGGUAUGCGGUCACACCUUCUGCAGGCAGUGCCUUCUGAGCAUCGAGAGGACGGACAACUUCAGCUGCCCCUACUGCAGGACCAAGCACCCAGGACCCCCCGUGGCCCAGAUAGCGACCGUCUAUGCCAUUCUCAACCUCACCAAAUACCUCAGAAGGUCAAAGUUCGGCUUAUGUGACAGCCACAACUCCACCCUUGAUUUCUGGUGCCAGACAUGUCACACUGGACUCUGUGGGUUCUGCUUCUUCGAGAGCCCUUGCAAAAACAAUCACAACGUCUUAGUGAUGAAAAAUGCCCUGGACGAAAAGAAAGUAGACAUCGGGAAAGCAGGCUCCAGGUUCCUGGAAAGCAUUGACGCCGAGAAAGCGCUAGCUAUGAGGAAGAUCCAUGGCUACUUCGAAGCGGUGGCUGACCAAUGCAGCAACGCCGAAUCUUUGAACGCCCAGGCCAAGACUGUGAAGGAACUGAUGGCAGACGCUGAGAACACCUUGAGCAUGGAGUGUGCCAUCAGCGUCCACGAGAAGAUGCAAGAAUACCUGCCUUCCGUCAGGAAGAGCCUGGAGAUGACUUCAGAUGAGGUUCCGUCCUCGUGUAGUCAAGCCAGUUCGUCUGCGCUUCCUUCGCCCCUAGCUGACAACACGAAAGCUGGUUCUCGUCACGCCGUCUACCAAAUCCUCAUGGACGACUCCAAAACAGAUGACGAUCAGAUGUUUCUGCAGGCAUUAGAACCACUGGAGGCGUCGUUGCUAGACGCUCAAGACUCUCUGACCAACAUUCAGACUUCGCCGACGUUUACCCGAGAGUUAUGCUGAGGAGGAGCGAGUAUCAGAGCACCGAGACCACCAGCAGGGGGGCGGACGCCCCAGAAACCCUCGAAUUCGAGAGAGGGUUCAAUAGCGUAGACGACGAUCCAGGGAGCACACCGGAAGAGGGCGAAGGCCAGUCUCCGGAGGGA